AUGGCGCGGGACAUGUCUGAUAAGGAGAUCCUCAAGAUGGAGCUCGAGCAGCUCCAGAAGGAGGUGAAAAACGAGAGGAUGCCGAUUUCAACGACAGCCAAGGAGCUGGCAGACUGGGUUGAGGCGCACGUUGGAGAAGACCCCCUGGUGAAAGGCGUGCCUGAGGAUAAGAACCCUUACAAGGAGAAGGGAGGCUGUGUGAUAACCUAGCGAGUCUGACGGGGGACAACCCACGGAAAACAGAGAACUAUCUGAUAUAUAAAUAAAGAUAUACAUAGCUGUGAGUGAGCUGUUCCAGGUUAAAUCUAUUUUCACCCAAACUGGAUAUAGCACGACUGGAUUGAAGCAGAGUAGCAAUUUUGGAAAAAUGGUUCUACCUUCAGGACACUGAAGACAGCAAGACCCCAGCAACACUAUGCCAUGUCUCAAAAUCCCAUCCAGCUGCAGUGGUUUAUUCCUAGUGCAGCCCCAC